CCCUUCUUCGUUCGCGGAAACGAGAGCGCCCGAAGGAAUAGCGAGGUCGGAGGCGCCGUUCGAUUCCAGAAGUUUCCAUCGCCGCGCCGUGACGAUCUUGUGUAGCCUGCGCAUUGGUCUGCUCGUCGGACGUCGGCGUCGGUCGAGUCCUGGGGUGCGCGGUCGUGCGAGAUCGAGGCGGGGAGCUCGCGAAUCGGAGGCCGCGGGGCGCAAUGCCGCGUCGGUAGGGAUGGCGGAGGCGGCGCCAUGGCGAGGGGCGUAGCGCGGGCGGUGUCUUUCGGGCGCCGUGCCACAACGGGGUGGUGCUCCUACCGGCGCGUCACCGUGGCCGUCUGCAUCGGCAACCUUGUCGCCGUGCUGCUCGUGCUCCGCUCCCUCACCGCCCCCGCUUCCUUCGCACCCACCGCUCCCAACCGCGGGGAAGUGGUGCAGUACACGGAGGAGCAGAUUAGGUGGGUGGAGGAGUCGAUCCGGAUUCGCCGCGAGGCUGAGCCCGUCGAGCUCGUUCUGGCGGUAAAGAAGCUGCGGAAGAAACUCGCCCAGGAGGUGAAGCGGCGGGAGGAGCUGUCGCUGGUGCUGAAGCAGAAGGUUUAUUAUGAUAUUGCGCGGGGGCUGCACGAGUUGGGGGAUAACAGCAGCCUCGCGCAGCAAAGAGAAGUGGUGGAAUCAUGGCGUGUUGAGAAGUUAAAAAACAUUGCAUCCACUCGGAAUCAAUCAAGUUUGGACUUAUCUAGUGAGGAAACCAGAAUGUUAAAACAAGCCCUGGAGUUCAACUGGCAUAUGCUCCUGGAGGAUAUUGGCCUUUGGAUACCAGAUGAAGUCACACAUACUGUACAUGAUGAUAAACCUGAAAAUGAACCAGAAGAAGAAGAGAUAGUAGCAGGUCCACCCUUGUCCCCACAAUGUAAUGCUGAGCUACAUACAGAUUAUGAUGGUGCCGCUGUUAGAUGGGGUUUAACACACCACAAAGAAUCUGCUGCUGAUUGUUGUCAAGCUUGCCUUGAUCAAGCUAAGAAUGCCAAGCCAGGGGAAUUGAAGUGCAAUAUAUGGGUUUACUGCCCAUCGGAAUUUGGAUGCUUCUCGCCAGACAAAUAUGAGCAUAAACAUCAGGAGUGCUGGUUGAAACAGGCUGACCACCCCAAACUGAACUUCAAAGACAAGUAUUCAGAGCCUUACAGAGACGCUCAUCCCACUGCACCUGUUGUCGUGCCGUGGAUGUCUGGUGUCAUCGGUGCAUGAGCUGCCAGUUGAGACUCCUGCUGAUCCAACUUCUACAGACAACAAUACAGCUUUUCUUUUUCUUUUCGUGACUAUACUCUUUUUCCUUUUCUUCUUUCUGCCCUGGCAUAUACGAUGUAACCUGGCAGCGAAAAAUUUUGAGGGUUGCUUAUUGGGGUACACAUUGGAUUUGGUGUUGGUUAAUUAAAUUUAGUGAACAGGGAUUCACCUAUUGGUGAUCUUUUAACUUCCUCUGUUUGGACC